AUGCCACCGAUCAAGCAAAGCAAAAAGUCCUCAACUACGCCCAAGGAUCAAUCGAAUUCCAAGACAAAGGCAAAACCGAAGUCAGCCCCACAAACUCUUCCAUUCUCAACAUUUCCAAUCGAGAUCACCUCCCUCAUAUUCUCAUAUAUCGAUGAUCAACACAGUCGACAAGACUUCUACAACUACAUCCAAGUUUCCAGACAAUUCUACACUCGAUUUAUCCCUUCCGUGUAUCGAAAAUUGGAAUUGAAAGACCGCAAUGUCAAGAAGAUCUUCAGAGGGGCGAACAUCGAUAUCAAACCUGUCAAACCUGCGACUAGAUACGAGAGUGAUCCAGAUUUUGGGUCCGACUGCCAAGACUCUGAUGGUGGUGAAGACGAGAAAGACGGUUAUUCGACAGAUGAAGAAGAUAGUGAUACUUCUAUUGACGAUGGGAAAGAAAGAAAGUGGGAUUUUGGAUUACACCCUCAAGAUAUACACAGUCGAAAGGUAUCCCAUCUCCAACAUGUCAAAUACCUCAUCAUCACCGAUAGGACAGCUGCCAGUACUGUCGCUGCUAUCCUCAAGGAGCCAAAAGGGAACUCUGAUCACGGAAAACCUUUCUCUCAACUCCACACUUUAUCAUUUGGCCACCCAUUUCUUAUCUCGAGAGGAUUUUAUCCCGACUGCGCUUGUGAAACCCAACCCAAAUCUAGCAAGGUCACCAGACAACUUGCUACACUCCGACCAAAGCACGUCUGCGCUGACUGGUCAGCUUCAGUGAAGUUUCAUCCGGAUGAAGAUGGAUUUGAUACUUACAUGCAUCUCUUGAUCGGCAAAUACAAUCUCGAGUCCUUCACUUGGCAUGGUAUGUUUGCGGAGACCACUUUCCCCUGGUGUCCGGAUGGAGUAGCAAGCUUCAGAGUAUUUGCGAAAACUUGUGGAGGAUGGAAUCGAGAGGAACAAGAAUACUACGAAUGCGAUUGUCAAUCGAAACUCGAACAGGUACCACACUUUUAUCCGAAGAAGAAGGACUCUAAAUUCCGCUUGGAGGUUAUCAACCUCGACUGCUUGGGCGAUAUCGGCUUCGUGUAUGUCGAUAAGAUCGGAAAAGUCUCAGGGGUGGCACAUGCGAAGGAGAAUGAAUCUGUUGUGGACGAUUCGAAACCUCGAAUCAAGGUGACAAUGAGAGCUCAAGCUGAACCUUGCAUUUGUUGUGGUCAGAAAUAA